AUGUCUCCGGCAGGUUCCACUAGGUGGUGUCCGACACCGGAGCAAGUUAUGAUAUUAGAAGAGAUGUAUAGGAGUGGAAUCAAAACCCCGAAUGCAUCUCAAAUCCAACAGAUCACUUCCCACCUCUCUUCCUACGGCAAAAUUGAAGCCAAAAAUGUAUUUUAUUGGUUCCAAAACCACAAGGCCAGGGAGAGGCAGAAGCUCAGAAGGAAACUCAGCAAACAACAACUUUAUCACCCAAAUAAUCCCCGUUUUCUUCACUACUUUGAUUCUCUGGCGUUUCCUUCUUUUCAACAUCUUUCAUACUAUAACUCACCCACUCCUUUUCCUCGGGUAGGGGUUCGGGAGGAUGCAGCCAAGCAGCAGGUGAUGAAUUACACGUGGAAGUUGGAUGUACCUGAAAGAGCAGACAUUGAUGAUAAGUCUAUGAUGAGGAUGCACGGCGGUGAUUGGUUGAUGAUGGUUGAUGUGGGUCCCUCUUUAUCAUCAUCAUCGCCAUGCUACUACUUCACCACUAGACCUCCACUUAAAACCCUCGAACUUUUUCCGCUCACUGCUUCGACUCUUAAGAAAGAGUGCAGCAGCAACAGCUCUCCCAGGCCUCUUUCUCCGCCUAAAGUAGCCUUAACUCUCCCUUAA